AUGGCCUUCAAGGUGAGCCACCUUGUGUUCUCGUACAGCAGGUACACGCAUAUUUUUGAGGCAUCGCCCCAUAACCAUUACCUGCUGUUGCCGCUUUUCAAUUGGCUAGGUUUUGGGCAAGCUGGGACGCUAUAAUCGGGCAGACAUUGGCGAUGUACAGCGUCUCAACCUGGACGUUGGCUGCGGUGAAGCUGGCCCUCUACUGCGUUUCUGGUUGACCGAAUAUCCCAGUCGGCCUGUGGACUUGCCCAUUCGCACUCUUGUAGAUGCGGCUGUAGAAGCGGUUCAGGUAUGUGUGCGUGUGUCUGUUUUUGUUUUACCUACCUUCUUCUCUCCCAAAGCCGUCUCUCGUCGUUCUUCAUAAGUUCGCCACCUCUUUCAUGUCCAUAGGCACAACUCUCAACUUGCGGACCUUACUUGUGCUUCCGUUAUCGCGAUCUCCAUUGACGAGCUCUCUGAAAUAACUCCGCUCCCAAAGUUCCUUUCAAAUAUUUAUGUGACAAUCUGUCAAAGGGAUUUUUAAGUAGAUGUUGUGAGGGUUACACCCUGGUCUAUCAGAUGGGACAGCUUGCGGUUGGAGUUUAUGUCCAUAAAGCGGAUGUCAAACGUUCCUCUUGACCUCGGCUACUGCAAGGAUGCUGCCGUAGACAAUUGGGAGUCUUCAUGGAAUAUGAAAUGUAUCGCAAUAACCGUGUGAUUUCGCAAAGUGAUAUCUCGACCGGCGACUUUCGGUGAAACUCGAAUCACUAGUUCCGAAACCCCUCGCAGGUUGAAUAGACCUGGCGUGUUGCAUAUUGUUGCUUUUCUGGAAUUUUUGCAAACAUACACACGCCGUACUUUCAAUUUUCGCUAAAUUACUCCCAUUCAUCUAUGCGCCCUUGUGGUAGUCUGUGUAGAACAAUGUUUGCACUUUUUCCGGUUACUGCGCACUGUAUAAACUAAUUACCUUAUAUCUUUCUCGGUGUCUAAUGAAGGAUGGCAGCAUGGACCGACCGGUUAGGCUGCGUGCCUGGAACUUCCUCAAGGGCGUCUGCAUAGCUGCUCUAAACCUACAUCCUCUGGUAAACCUUUAUGAGGAAAUGGCCUCUGUCCCGUAUCUGCAGUCUCUGCCGGCCUUCCCGCUGGAGGAGCUCUCUAGGUGCAUCCUUGUAUCAGAUUCACGAAACGAAGAGCCUGACCUUUUUAUGGAGGAUCGCUACGCCAAAGGUAUUACUGGCUAACCUUACUUAUUACCCCACGUUAACUGCGCAGGUAUACUGGUAUGACCGGCAACGUUGCCAUAAGGUCGUAUUCCUCCUCCUCCUCCUCCUCCUCCUCCUCCUCCUCCUCCUCCCCCCAAAAUCUGAUGGUACACAUUGCUGCUUCUACUUUUAACUCAUUUUGCGAGAUGUGAAUCAAAAGCGUGGUCACCUCUGGCUUAUUUGCCAUGGACCUCGUGACUGCCGACUGCGAUCGGGAGUACUCCACUUCACGUGGAAGUGACGUCCACUAAACUGUUUUUAUUGUUAAAGGAAAUACUAGUGCCCUGCCUUGCUGCUGGGCCAAAAAUUGGAGUCACUGAGCUACUGGCCCAACUUUGUGGACCAGCGUAACUUAUACGGACCAGUUACUGUCUGUAUACUCUUUUUUCUCCAGAUAUUAACCGCGAAGUCAUCCUCCGUGCCGUCGGGGGCGUCUUCCUAGCUGGAGCUAUUCAACCGCCGU